AUGGAAUCGACGACUCCCAAAAGAGAGACAGCCUCGGACGCCGUGCCCACGGCCAAAUUCUUACAAGCCCGCAUCACGGCUCUCUCAACCACCCUGAUCAAGAGGCUCGAGAACAUUCUCGCCGUGGCUCUCGAUGAUACGGCCGCACAAACUGCCGCGGCGUCUGCACGCACGGGCAAUGCUCCAGUGCCGCCAUCCCUGACAGACACGGCCGUUCAACAGUUUCAACUCGACGUCGAAUCGACAGCAAUCGUCCGUGCAGCAGAGGAGAUCAUGAUGUUGACCCGGACGAUGAAGGAAAUUUGGCUCUUUGGCGGGUUGGACACCCUCAAAAGCGACCACCGAAGCCGGGAUCCCAAUGGCAUGGACGAGGCGGCAAGGAGGAAGAUGGAAGAGGACGUCAAGUUGGUGGAAGAGGGGUUCAAGAAGUUUCUCGAGAAGUACGAGACGACGCUGGACAUGACCGAGGGCAAAGAAUAA